AUGGACACCAACGAGACGCAGCGCGCCGUCCUCGCGGCGCUGUACCGCAAGAUGAUAGACGCCAGCCACAUCCUGCACCAACAAGGCGUGCUGGACGCCUACGGGCACCUCUCGGCGCGGCACCCCUUCAACCCCGACGUCUUGAUCAUGUCGCGGUCCAUAGCCCCAGGCACCAUCUCGAGCGCGGAGGACCUGAUCGGGUACCACGUGCGCGACGCGGAGCCCCUGGACCCGGGCUCCGCGAAGGGCUUCGCCGAGCGGCACAUCCACUCCGAGGUGUACCGCCGGCACCCACGUGUCAAUGCCGUGGUGCACAGCCACGCCGAGAGCGUCAUCCCGUACACGAUCUCGGGGGUGCCGCUGCGUCCCUGCUACCACAUGGGCGGGUUUCUGGGCCUGGGGGCCAAGGGUUGGCCGGAGGUGUACGAUGCGGCUGAGCACUUGGUGGAGGGGGACGUGCCGGACAUGCUGGUGCGCAAUGCCCACCUCGGGGAGCCGCUGGCGGCGUGCUUUGAUGGCGGGGCUGUGGUCGCUCUCAUGAGGGGUCACGGGCUGACCGUUGUUGCGGGUGGGGUUGAGGAGGUCGUGUCGCGGUCUGUGUAUACCAUGAAGAACGCGAGUAUACAGACGGCUGCCUUGACGAUGCAGUCGGCGUUCGCGGCCCAGGGCGGUGCUUCGAGGCCUGGCGGCUUGGAGUUCCUCGACGAAAGCGAGUCCAAGGCUGCGACGGGAAUGGCUCAGUGGUCUGCCCAGAGACCUUGGAAGCUGUGGGUCAGGGAAGUGGAGGCGGGCGGGCUUUAUUUGAACUCUGCUUGA